UCCAUAUCGGAUUGUUAGAUAAGGAAAUCAUCCGCUUCCAGACUGAUGUCAUGAUGUGACCGGGAUGUGACGUCCACGGAUGACUGAGUCUCCUUCGGAUUAUCAUCGGUGGUAAUGUAACGUUUUGAGCUGGCUACUCAGCCGGGCUAUCUCUUUACCUAAUGAGGUAGUAUUGUCAACUAUUCGCAUGUUUGGGACCUAAGCACCCAAGGCAUUAGUCGUUACAUGAGAGGCCACGACUAGGUCUCAUCCAUUGUGUGGACGGACAUCCCUUGUGAAAACAAGCACGAAUUUUUGUUUGUGGUUAUAUACCCAGCCCCUGUUCCACGCGCGCUCUGCUUCGAAGCUUCGUCCGGACGACAAAAUGAGUGACUGCUGUGUCCGCGUUUACACCGUGCGCGUCAAGACAGGUGACAGAAAGAACGCAGGGACAGAUGCUAACGUGAAGAUACGUCUCCAUGAUGUCAAUGGCCGACACACCCCUGACCUCGUCUUGGAUGUGGGUUGGCACGAUGACUUCAAGAGGGGCGCAGUGGAUAAGUAUGUCUUAAAUGAUUCCAGUAACCUAGACAGCGAAAUUGGUAAGAUCGAAUUAUGGCGCGACGACGCUGCAGGUUAUUUAGAAUCGCCCGAAUGGUAUGUUGAACAUGUGGAGGUCGAACCCCAAGCGACAAACAAGCUGUUUUCUUUCCCACUCCAUCGAUGGAUUGCGGCGGACCGACAUUACAUUAUUCAACAUUACGACGCUAUCUUACCCCAGGAUGACCCCCACAAAGACCAGAGGGUGUUUGAGUUGGCCGAGAAAAAGAAGCUUUACGAGUACGACCGAAAAAGCGACGAUCCAAACUGUCCCAUUCAGGUGAAGAAGAUACCAGAUGAUGAACAGUUCUCGGAUAGCUAUCAGUAUGACAUCUCAUUCUCAAAGAAAACCGCCUUUGUCGAGACCAGGCUCAUUAAAUUGUUGUCGGUGCUCUCACCCUGGGAGUCCGUAAAGGAUAUCAUCGACCUAUUCGGCGCGACAGGUUGGAACAUCGAGAGACCCAACACGGUCCCGCAUUGGGAUAAGGACACGUGGUUCGGGGCCCAACGUCUCUCGGGAUGUAACCCGAAGUUGAUUGAGCUGUGCACGGAGAUACCGGAGAAGCUUGCAGUGACCCCAGAGAUGGCGGCUCCAUUCUUGGAAGGGCUUUCACUGGACCAGGCCCUCAAAGCGAAGAGAAUCUACAAAGUUGAUCUGAAGAUACUUGAAGGUCUGGAACCUAAAGGAGACUAUGUGAUCCCAGUUCCCAUUGCUUUGUUUUUCGUAACUAACGACAAGUCCCUUUUACCGAUCGCGAUCCAGCUCUUUCAACAGAAAGGACCAGGCAACCCGGUAUUCCUGCCAAGUGACGACCCGUACGUUUGGUUGAUAGCAAAGGUCUGGUACAACCUCGCCGAUGCUACGUAUCAUCAGUCUUUAUCCCACUUAGGAUUCACCCACCUACAGAUGGCAAGCGUAAGUGUUUGCACCAAUCGGAACCUCUCACCCUCUCAUCCCAUCUUCAAACUUUUGGCUCCACACUUUCUGUACCUGAUCGCAAUUAACACGCUUGGUCUUACGAAGUUGAUAUCUCCUGAUGGACACGUGGCGAAAACUAUGUCAAUAGGCCAUACAGGCAUGUUUGACUUCAUCUGCAAAGGAUCUGCCGAGUGGGGGAUAGACACACAUUGCAACCUGCCGAAAAAUCUGUAUAUGAGAGGGGUUGAUGAUGCGGAGGCUCUCCCUAACUACCACUACAGGGAUGAUGGUCUGGUCAUCUGGGAUAUUCUCAACAAAUACGUCACGAGAAUCGUCUACCUUUAUUACGGUGACGAUGAGAAAUUACAAAAUGAUCCUGAGCUUGGGAAGUGGGGGCAUGAAUUGACUGCCCCCUACCCUGAAGGUAUUCAAAUGAAGGGUGUGCCAGGUGAAGGGAAAUUCACAUGCCGAGAACAGUUGAUAGAGUUCAUCACUUCCGUCAUCUUCAACUGCAGCGCAGAGCACGCGGCAGUCAAUUUCUCCCAGUACGAUGAGUAUGCUUUUCCACCAAACUACUCUGCCCAACUGGAAGGGAAGCCUCCGGCAAAUAAGGACGUUAAAACGGAGGCUGACUUGAUGGCAAUGCUGCCAAACAAACAGAUUACCCUUGACACCACCUUAGUGGUGAAGCUCCUCGGUACAAGGGGAACCAACAACCUUGGUUCCUUCGAACAGAAAUAUCUCUUUCAUCCAGAGGCAACGAAAGCGCUCAAGCAGAUGGAAGAAGACUUGCAGCAGGCCAGCAUCACCAUCAAGAAGAAUAACCAAACGCGUGCAUACCCCUACAACGUCUUGGAUCCCAAGACCAUUCCCAAUUCCAUCAGCAUCUGAAUCCGGCAAUAAACAAUCAUUAUUGGCUAAUGGUGGAGUUUUGGUGUAUUCCUGUUUCGCCUAUUCCUGUUUCGCCUAAUUCCUUAUUCGCCUAUUCCUGAUUCGCCUACUUCCUGUUUCGCCUAUUCCUGUUUCACCUUAUUCCUGUUUCGCCUAUUCCUGUUUUGCUUAUUCAAAUGUAUUGCUAACCUCCCCACAGACGUAGGAAUAUGAACCGUCCCUUACUAUAGUGUUAAAGGCUAUCAUUAAGAAUAAAGUCUGAAAUAAUGGAUUUAGCGACAUGUCAAUUAUUUCAGUAUUAUUCGGAAUAACUUUGGAAAAUUAUACAUAGCUUACAUCGGCCUAUGUUUUAGCUUAUUUUAAAAGGCAAGAAAUAAAAUAGUAAGAAAGUUUUACCCUUUCAUUAGAUUUGAGAAAGGUUUCUUAGGCCUGCAUUUUAUAUUGUGGAUUCUCUUUCUUUUGUCUUAGUCAGUAACUGGCUUCGUGAUAGAAAGAAUACCUACAUGUAUAGCUACAUUGUUCUUUACUAGGACAUGCGUUUUACAGCUGAUUUUGAUCAAAUACAUAUGAGAAUGUACAGUAUUAUGUAUUUUUAUCAAAAACUCAUGAAUUCCUGUUUUUACAAAAUAAGCGAAUGCUUAACUCUACUUAAGCUAUUAGUUUUUACUGUGUGUCAGUAUGGUCAUAUGGUCAAAUAAGUCCCGGACUGUCCCCACUUUCAAGGUGACUCUUUCAAAACGGUCAUGGCAUGGUUUGUUAACAAAGUUGAUGGCAUUUGAUUAGUCAAAUUGUCAUCACAUCGUUAACAUCAUCCAAUUGUCCCCUCACAUUUUCCCCAUAAAAUGGACAUGCACCCCUAAGGUUCCCCCUGGGAGAGUCGAUUUAUUGUAGGGGUACUGGAAAGUAGGCGAAACAGGAAGUAGGCGAAACAGGAAUAGGCGAAACUGGAAAUAGGCGAAACAGGAAUAGGCGAAACAGGAAUAGGCGGAACAGGAAUAGGCGAAACAGGAAUAGACGAAACAGGCAUAAACCGGAGUUUUUGCUGAAUUAAUAAAGAUGAAGACACUAUUGAGAUGAUCAAGACUGGUGGUACUUAGUUGUCAUUAUUGAGAUGAAUAAGACUGUUGGCACGUGUCGUUAUUUAGAUGAUUACGAAUAGUGGUGUAAUCUUGUCCUCAUUAGAUAGAUAAAAAUGGUGGUGUAUACUUGUCCUUAUUAAGAUGAACGGAUGUUCUAUUAUUCUGCCUAUGUGACGAAUAAGUUUCAUUAUGCAUUCAAAAUCAAAUUUCUUAGUACAUGUAUCAUAAUUAAGAUGAUAUCAUUAGGUCGAUGGUUAAAAAAUUAUUAAAUUUGCUGUUAAUCCACACACGAGGCCUGUGUUAUCACAUACGGAUAUAGAUAUUCAAAUACACGUCAAAUAUAUAUGGUCGGUAGGAUUUGUGUAGAUAGUGACAGCUGCAGUAGCUGUAACAGCUGCAACAGCAUGUCAACUUGUAUGCUAUAGAAUGAUGAACACUCGGUGGCUGGCAAUAAAAAUAAUAUUUU